CCAGUUCCACCCAGGACAGCCAUCGUGUCACCUCCUCCCCCGCCGAGCAGGGUCGGGCCACCCAGCCAGCGGCAGGCAGCCCACGGGAACUGGAAACUUGGAGCAAUUCCGUCCCAAAUUUCCUUGCCAUCCAUACUCCAUAGCAAUCCUCUUCCAAUCGCCCUUCCCCUCGCAGACGCGGCAGCGAUUCCGCCAUAAAUACCGGUCGAUCGAGGGAGAAAGAGAGAAGGCAAUCGACGGAGGAGCGCGCGGAGGAAACGAGGCCAAGCCCUUCGUCAGUUAUCGCCUGCGCCUGGGGUUCAUCCGGAGGAAGAAGAUAAGACAUGGGUCAAGCACUUGGAUUGAUUCAAGUGGAUCAAUCAACCGUAGCCAUCAAGGAAUCUUUUGGAAAGUUUGAUGAGAUCCUAGGGCCUGGGUGCCACUUCUUGCCAUGGUGCAUAGGCAAGCAGAUUGCUGGGUAUCUUUCACUGCGUGUUCAGCAGCUUGAUGUCCGCUGCGAAACAAAGACAAAGGAUAAUGUCUUCGUCAAUGUUGUGGCAUCUGUGCAAUACCGUGCCCUUGCUGACAAGGCCUCUGAUGCCUUUUACAGGCUUACUAACACCAGGGAGCAGAUCCAGUCAUAUGUCUUUGAUGUCAUCAGGGCUAGUGUUCCUAAGAUGAACUUGGAUGAUACAUUUGAGCAGAAGAAUGAAAUCGCUAAAGCUGUGGAAGAUGAACUUGAAAAGGCAAUGUCCAUGUAUGGAUAUGAGAUCGUGCAGACCCUGAUUGUUGAUAUUGAGCCUGAUGAGCAUGUGAAGAGAGCCAUGAAUGAGAUCAAUGCAGCUGCUAGACUAAGGGUGGCUGCCAACGAGAAAGCUGAAGCGGAGAAGAUCCUGCAGAUCAAGAGAGCCGAAGGUGAUGCAGAAUCCAAGUACUUGGCCGGUCUAGGUAUCGCAAGGCAGCGCCAGGCUAUAGUGGAUGGGCUGAGAGACAGCGUCCUCGCCUUCUCUGAGAAUGUCCCUGGGACCUCUGCAAAGGACGUCAUGGACAUGGUUCUGGUGACCCAGUACUUCGACACCAUGAAGGAGAUCGGGGCCUCUUCCAAGUCCUCUUCUGUCUUCAUCCCUCAUGGACCUGGUGCCGUCAAGGACAUCGCGGCACAAAUAAGGGACGGGUCGCUUCAGGCCAAGUUGGUGUGAGAGAGCAUCGAAAAGCGCCUUUGACAUUCGCAUCAGUAAAGAAGUUCAGAGCCACUACAAUUCUACAUAUCUUGUGAAUUGAGUAAAAAUUAGGGAUAAGGUAGUAAUGUGAUGAGUACUUGCACUUCAUUACAGCUUUUGUUUAUUCUGUCUGCUACGUGUGUUUAUUAUCUAGAGGGAAUAUAGGAUUGCAUGGAUUGUGCCAGUAAAGGAUAAGUGCCUGUUGCUGUAAAAAUUCGUCAUGUCAUCGUACUAUUUGGAACUAUCUAAGCUGGCGAGGCUGAGGAAACGCCUUCAUCAAGCUUUUUUGUGCUACCCUGAUGCUCUGUUGUGGUUAAUGAGGGAAUGUCAUGUUCAUUUUCUCACAGAUUAAGCAGUGGAAAUUAUAUCA